UCCACACGGAGGACGUUUUCCAUCAUUUCUUAUGGGAAAACAUCGAAAAAAAUAUUUUAUUUAUAAUAUAUUGCUUCUAUAAAUAUCUUAUACAUGUCAUAUUUACUGUAUAUACACACACAUAAAAAGACGUCGUAAAGCGCCUCGUUUGCAGCGCCAAGGCUCCACGGCAAACGCAGACAGGAAGUGGCGGUGCUGACCACUGGGCGCGCUGUCGCGCUCUCUAUGCCGGAGGAAGUGGAAACGUCCGGCGUGACGAUGGGGUAAAAACACCGUGCGGACGAGCGGGCACUUUCAACGACGGAGGGACACGGGCGGGAUUCGGAGAGCCGGGUGACGGGAGAGUGCAAGGAAAGAGGGGAGGACAUGGACGUCGGGGCCCUGACAAGUGCACUCAGUUCUGCCAGCCUGGGGCCGAACAGCAGCAGGAGCAUGCUCAAGAACGACACUUUUAGGCUGCACAUGGUCACAUGGAAUGUGGCCACAGCAGAACCGCCAGAUGACAUCAGCUCUCUGAUUCAGCUGGACUCCCAGAAGAGUGCAGACCUCUAUGCCAUUGGCCUGCAGGAGGUGAAUGCUGCUCCUCUGCGGUUUGUCACAGACCUGGCCUUCGAGGACCCCUGGAGCCGACUGUUCAUGGCCACUCUGGCGCCAAGAGGCUACGUGAAGGUCAGCUCCGUACGCAUGCAGGGACUCCUGCUUCUUGUCUUCUCCCAGCUGGCCCACCUUCCCUUCAUCCGAAACAUUGAAACCACCUAUACCCGCACUGGCAUCUUUGGCUACUGGGGUAACAAGGGCGGGGUCUCUGCACGCCUCUCUUUCUACGGUCACUCGCUCUGCUUCUUGAACUGCCACCUGGCGGCACACAUGGAGUACGCGUCACAGCGUGUGGAUGAGUUUGAAUACAUUCUGGACACGCAGUCCUUCAACAUAGAAGGCACACCGCGCAUCCUCAACCACAGGCUAGUGUUCUGGUUUGGGGACCUGAACUUCCGCAUUGCCGACCAUGACCUUCACUUCACGCAUAGUGCCAUCAAUCACAAGGACUUUCACCAGCUGUGGCAGAAGGACCAGCUGAUCAUGAUGAAAAAGCAGGAAGCCUUUCUGCAGGAGUUUGAGGAAGGCUCCCUCAGUUUCAGACCCACGUACAAAUAUGAUCUGUUUUCAGACAGUUACGACACCAGUGGAAAAAAGAGAAAGCCUGCCUGGACGGACAGGAUCCUGUGGAGGAUGAAGCCCAAAGCCCCACUACUAGAGGAUGGAGUAGAAGGUGAUGGGGUUGGCAGAGAUCAUAUCAAAUUGCUGCAGCAGCAGCCAGAGGAACUUCCUCUAAAGGUGAAGCAAGACUUAUACACCUGCUGCAUGGACUACGGCAUCAGUGACCACAAACCUGUGCUCAGCACCUUCACCUUGGAGUUGAGGAAACAGUACGAGAGCCCACUGGUGCUUCUGUAUCCUGAGGGCGAGUGGAGUGCAGACUUCGAUGCUGUGGUGACCUAUACCAUACAGGAGCCCUUCGCCUCCAGCGCCUGGGACUGGAUCGGGGUCUACAAGGUUGGUUUCAGGAGUGUGUCAGACUACAUCACGUACACCUGGGUGAAAGAUGAUGAGGUCUUCUGCAGUGAUAAACUCAUAAAGGUUUACGUAAGUAAGGAUGAGAUACCAGUCCUUGGAGGAGAGUGUGUACUUUGUUACUACAGCAGCAACUUGAAAUGUAUUGUGGGCAUCAGUGACCCAUUUCAGGUGCAAGAGUCAAAGGUAGCAAUUGAGGAGGGUUUAGUACCUGAAAACAUAAAUGGGUUGGAGAAGAAGAUGGCCAGCUAAAGCAAGAGGAAGACUUUGUUGAAUCACACACAUCCACCUCUUUGGGACUGCCAGUCUACCAGCACAUCUUUAUUACCUGGAACAAAUCUUUCUUUUAAAACAGUGUCAAAUAACAAGAAACAGGGUGGACCAAUCAGGUGUUACGUUUUAUUACUGUCAAUAGUCUGUAGGAAAUAACCAUAGUUUAUAAUGUUACAUUAUCUUGGCUUCAAAGAAUUUUAUUGCGUUUUAGUUACAUCAUAUGAACAAACACUGAUUGUAUAUGACCAAAAAUUGAUUGCAGCUAUUCACUGCUAAUUGUGUGUUCCUGAAGAAAUCAUAUAAAUGUAGACAGUCGCAUUUAAGAGAAGCUGCAGUCAUUUAAAGCCUUUUCAUUUCACCAAGGAGCUGCUCCCAACACUUAUUUGAAAUGUUUUGUUCUAUUCUAGUCUGAUGCUAUGUCAUCUCCAAUGAAAAUAAUCUGCUAAUCUGUAAAGAUGUGAGAUAGGACAAGAAAUAAUAUAGGAACACACUGCUUAAUCAAUGAGCAGAAAAUAGACCCACCAUCAUAUUUUCAGAAAUGAUGGGAAGAUGUUUACUGUGUGAUUUGUUUAAAAAA